CAAAAAUCAAAAUAAACAUAAACUUAUUUUUUCGCUAACAUCAAGGAUCACCAUUUCUCUGUUUGAUUUUGAUGCUUGUGGAAAAUUGUCCUGUUUGGUAUUUUAACACAGAAUUUCUAGAUAUCGCACUUUGAUGUCUUUCCUUCCCCUUUUCGAUCUGUUCCCUUUUUCGCGCCAUGUCUCAGAGUACUGAGAAGUAUCCUGAUGACAGCCUGUCUACUGGAUCAGUCGGAUGUUCUGAUACUGAUUGUUGCCCUUUGCCAUCGAAUAACGACAGCGAUUCGCCAACUGUUGGGUUUCCAUGCCAGAGGGAAGAGCUGCCAAAAGGAACGAAGAUGGAGGCAGCUAUACGGGCGUGUAGAGAUGGAAUGCCAGUGACGCUGGCAGCCCGACAGUUUGGAGUUGAAAGAACUACGUUACGCUACAAGCUGAAAGGGGAGCACGCUGGUGUUGCUGGAUACCAAACCAGAAAGUUUUCCGAUGCUGAGGAGAGUUGUUUUGCUGAUGUACUGGUGCGCUUGGAGAAGAUGGGAGUCCCCCUGGACAAGACAAUCUUCCGGAAAGUGGUGGAACUCACAGCGCUGGAAAAAGGCAUUCCGCUGGCGUGCAUGUCGGACAUGUACAUCCGGUCAUUCCAUCAACGGCAUCCGGAAAUUACUUCAAGAAUUGAGAUUAUAGGAAAGGAACGCAAAGGUGAUAGAGAGUGGACCGUGGAGAAUUGCACAAAAUGGGUGACGACGCUCAGUGACCUGCACGCGUACGGAUAUCUCUCCGAUCCCCGGGGACUCUUCAGUUUGGACGAAAGCGUUUUUCCCCUGCCAGAAAACACAGAAAAGGCAUGUGUUCCACCGAUUGCAGAAAAGGAUCUCUCCCAUGUUGAUGGCGCGGAUCAGGAAGUGGUGACGACGGUGUUCUGUGGAAGGGCGGAUGGAAAAGUUCUGCGGCCGCUACUCGUUUUUCCUGACGUUCAGCACCUUCCUUCGCAGAUCGCGGGAACUGCCGACCGCUGCUACAUCGCGUCCACCGAGUCCAGAGGAAUGGACCCGGAAACAUUUGCUGACUAUGUCCGCGCUGAAGUCUUUCCUAAUAUGCAAGCGAAAAAGAACGUUAUUUUUGUCGAUGGACAAUUUUCCUACCUCAACAAUCUCGAAAUGCUUUUGGAGUGCGCUGCGGGCAGUAUGGAUAUUAAAUUCGUCUGUUGGCCAGCGGGCCAAACCAGUUAUCUCCAGUCCCUAGAUGUCCGCGCAUUUGAGCCGGUUAAAAAGCGCUUGAAUGAGUAUAUGCCUACUCCGUCUCCGCAAGUGGGCAGUCGAAGCUUUGCUCUACAUCUCGUGGAAAUGCUGCCAUUGUUUAAUCUGGAAACCACUUUGGUUGCCGAAUUCCGGCACGCCGGCAUUUUCCCUUUUGAUCCGAGCGAAAUUUGCAAGUCGCUGAAAACCGAGAAAAUUGUCCCGGACCGCGUUCCGCCUUCUGUUGAAGAAAUAUUCAAUAGACAGUUUGCGGAUGUGGAGGCGGCUUUGAAAGAAAUUGUCACACUUUCGCCAGCAAAUAUCGAAGACACGAUGGAAUUGCUCAAGCAGAAAGCCGCUGUGUCCAUUUCAACGGAGGGUGCUCAUAAAAUUGAGUCGGGUUUUAGAAAUGAAUCUCCAAAGAAACCGGGAAAGCGGCUGAAGCAUUCGAAGAAGAACCCGAAGCGGCCACGUAAAGUACCGGGAAAAAUUACUAAUAUUGCGAAAAGAAAGAGAUUGCAACGUUAGGUUGUGGAGGUUGAUCACGGCGAUGUUGUUAGAUUUUUUUUGUUGGAAAAAAUAUCGUCUUUCGUUUGGUGUUUGAAUACAAGUACAGCGGAGCAACUGAACUGCUUUCGGUAAUUGUAAUCGGCUGCUGUUGGAAUUAUGGAGUCCGACAAAUAUCAGCACUAAUUAUUAGUGUGUGCCAACGCUGCUUUUUAAUCUAAGACGUGGCCAUUGCCGAAAACAGGAAAAAAGCGUCAAGAAAAGGCAGCCGCCCCAGGUCGUUGUUACAAGUGGUAUUUCUCUAACGGAGUUGGCAAACACUAAACUAAACUACUCGUAACAAAACAUCAACUGAUGGAAAUGGUUUUAAUCAACUGAAAAUCCAAAUGAGAAGAGCGGGCAUGCUCAGUCUCCGUCCUCCGGU